AGGGCACUCGGCAGCUCUGGACAGCUGAUGGCAGGAGAUGGACCUGUGGUUAAGGAUCGUUGAGAGUUGACCUGAAGCAUAUCCUAAACAAGCCCCAUGGCAUGAUCACUACACUUUCUCACAAUAAGGUCCGAGAUCAUAUUAAUCAUAUUCAUCCUAUUUCUCAAAAUAAGGUCCUGGAUCAUGGAUCAUAUUCAUCCUGGAUCAUAUUCAUCCUAAGAUUAAAGAUUCGGUUGACUGUCGAUUCGAGUCCCCUAAUGCGAUGCCACCUGUGGUCGUGGAGGACCCUCCGAGAGAUGAGGAUGUGGAGGACCCUUUGAGACGAGAGGUUGCGGAAGAGCCGGUGGAAGAGCCGGUGGAAGAGCCUGCGCAAGGAGCAACGACGCCUCCGCCACCUGUCGUGGAGGGAUCAACCGGGGACGAUGCUUCUGCGACAUCUGAAGACGAGGACGACGAUUUUGAAGAUGAAUACGAGGACGACGAUGUUUAAGGCAAAACGUCAAAUGUUGAGUGUACAGAAUUGAAUGGUUUCUAGUGGCAAAAACAAGUAAGAAGUAACGCGGCAAAUACUAAAUAGAUGAUGGAUAAAUCAGUAGCCCUCUGGGGUUUGCGAGAAAUGAAAUCUUUUGCGCUCUAAUAUGUACAUGAAGACGAGGACGACAAUGAGGAAGACGAAGCUAUGGAGGAAGACGAGUUUUUUCUCCCAUCUUUACUACUCUAGUUGUACCAAAUCUUCCAUUCUCUUUGAGUACUAAGACUUUUUAUUGAGAACCUUUUUCUUUGAGUACUAACUUGAAAACUUUCGUCGAAAGUGCCCAACAGUAUAUUCUAGAUUUACUAGUUAGAGGGGAGAAAAAGCUCCUUCCUCGAUGGUGGAUGAGUUCUUCGAGGACUAUGACGACGAGUUGCCUUAUGAUGCUGGUUCUGGUUCUACAUGUAGAAAAUCACCAUGAAGAUCGUAGUCGUAGAUAGGCGACCAACGCCAUGAAUUAGAUGCGACUGUACUACAUAGAAAAACAGUAUAGUAUCGUGAUCACCGCGAACAAGUAGAUACGACUGUACUUAGAAAAAUUCUACUAGACUUUAGCAUGAAGUAGAUAGGACUAAGAAAAACUACGUAAUAUAGCAUCACCGUGAACGAGCAGCUAAGCCCUAAGUUUAGGAAAACUGAUAGUCCCUAGUAGCCUCUUUCUGAACCAAGUAGGAGCAACGACAAAUGAGUCAGGGAGAACCACCACCACUCAUUACCAAGGCUGCAGUAGCGUUUGUGGAUUAAUAGAGUAGUGAUCUCAAAAAUCCUUACAUUCUAUUCCAUUCACAGCAAUAUGACUUCUCUAACAAUAUGACUUUUCCGAGGACGACGACGAAAUGCAAAGCGAGGAAGACG